GCGCACCAAGAAGAGGUGUCUUGCCAGAAGGGAGCCGCCUCGCCGCAGCCGAAGGCCACCCAUGCAGCCGAGCGGCCGCGAAAUGCAGGGCGGAGGCGGGGCCCAGGACGACUUCUUCGACCAGAUGCUGUCCACGCUGCCGGCCGCGUGGUCCGACCUUGGCUCCGGCAAGUCGCCCUGGGAGCUCCCCGCGGCGGCGGGGGCCGUGACCGAGGACACCGCCGCGCUCGACGAGCCUGCGCUCCUCGCGUCGCGCCUCCGCCACCACCAGAUCGGCGGCGGGGAGAAGCCCCUCAUGCUCCACCUCAGCGACCUGCACGGCCUCGGCGCCGGCGCCGGCGACGACGCGGGGUUCAUGCCGCUACCGCUGUUCACCCAGCACCUCGCCAGGGACGACGUGGAUGCCGCCUUCAAGUCCCCCAAUGCCGCCGGAGGCGACCGGGAGCUGUACAACGGGUUCGGAGCCGCUGGGAAUAUGCACACCGCCGCCGUGCAUCAGCCGCCGCCGUUCGGGCAGGGCGGGUCAAUGCCGGCGGCGCCGCAGAGCUUCGGGGGUGGCGGGCCGGCGCCGGCCGCCGGAGCGGCGUCGGGCGGAGGAGCGCCGCCGCGGCAGCAGCGGCAGCGAGCCAAGAGGGGGCAAGCCACUGACCCUCACAGCAUCGCCGAACGUCUACGGAGGGAGAGGAUAGCGGAGAGGAUGAAGGCGUUGCAGGAGCUGGUCCCUAACGCCAACAAGACCGACAAGGCAUCGAUGCUUGACGAGAUCAUUGACUACGUGAAGUUCCUCCAGCUCCAAGUCAAGGUUCUCAGCAUGAGCCGGCUAGGCGGAGCGACAGCCGUCGGCACUCUAGUUGCCGGCAUCGCAUCAGAGGGCAACGGGAGCGGAGAUGGCACGAGCGACAGCGGAAAAGGGAACGCCGCCAACGGCGAGAACGGCGGUGGUGGCAGCCUGCAGGUGACGGAGCAGCAGGUGGCCAGGUUGAUGGAGGAGGACAUGGGCACCGCCAUGCAGUACCUGCAGGGCAAGGGGCUCUGCCUGAUGCCCAUCUCUCUCGCCUCCGCCAUCUCCUCCGCCACGUGGCCGUCCCUCCUAUCCCGCCCCUCCAUGGGCGCAAUGGGAGACGCUAGAGGUCCCCUGCACGACGGCGGCAGCCCUGCGUCGCCGCCACUGGUGAAUUGUGGUGAUGAUUCCAGCACCGUCAAGGAUGCCGGUGCCGGCGGUAAGCGGUGAAGGCAAUGAUCUUGUCUUGAGAGGUUGCGUGUGAAAGAUCAACAUGUCCAAGUGAAAAAUGAAAUGAAUUGGGCUAAAAGUUCUGGCAACAAUUAAAUCUUAUCAAAUUGUAUAUUUCACUCUUUAUUAUUCAAUAGGCUACUUCACUUCUUAUGUCUAAUAAUAUUUUC